AUGAAGCUUUCAUCAAUUGUCACAUUCUGUGUCUUGGGACACCUGGCUACUGCCGCUCCCUUUUUUCAUCUCAAAAGAGAAGCAGAUCCAAAAUUAGUUGUUGUGACACAAACAGUUAAGAAGACCGUUGUCAUCACUCCUGGCGCCACUCAGGCGCUCGGCGGCAUUCAGAGUACUACUUCUAGCAGCACAGCGGUCUACACCUCAUCCACGGCAGUCUCAGACGGAGACAACCUCGUUGGAACCUUCAACGUUGAGGUGGCUUCAAGUUCUUCCAUCGCUCCAUCUGAGACCGACAAUGCUCAGCCAAGCUCCACCGAGUCCACUAGCUCCGCCAUUCCUCCAACCACAUUAAGCACUUCCUCGCCAACACCAACUCCAACAGAGGCCUCCUCAACCACCAAAUCAUCUGCAUCUUCCACAUCUGCCACUUCUACCACAUCGUCUAGUUCGUCUGGUUCCUCGAGCUCGGACUUCCAGGAGGCAAUCCUCAAGGCACACAACGACAAGAGAGCAUUGCACGGAGUUGAUGCACUUACGUGGGAUGACACUCUUGCUCAGUAUGCUCAGAACUAUGCUGACGAGUACAGCUGUUCCGGAGUUUUGACUCACUCCGGAGGAAAGUACGGUGAAAAUCUGGCAUUGGGCUACUCUACCACCGGUACCGUGGAUGCUUGGUACAACGAGGGAGCGAACUACAACUAUGGUUCUAGCUGUUCUGUUUAUGACCACUUCACCCAAGUUAUCUGGAAGUCGACAACGAAGGUUGGAUGUGGAUACAAACAUUGCAACGACUAUUGGGGAACUUACAUAGUAUGCUCCUAUGACCCUGCCGGAAACAUUAUUGGUGGAUGUGCUUCCAAUGUUCCUGCGCUUUCUUCUUAG